GUUCGAAAUUGUUUAGAGGGAACCAAAGUGAAUCAUUUGUUUAUUAGGUGUUCUAAAAUAACCAAAAGCAUUGGGUGUUUGCCUUGGGGCUAUAAUAAUCUUAAUAUAAUAACAUAAUUUUUCUGAAUGAAAAUAUUCAAAUUUUAAGACAAAAUUAAUAAAAUUACUCCUUUAUACCCACCCAUUUUCACCACCCAGUCACUCAGUCGUACCCCCACUUGGCACCCUUCUGUUUUUCGGGUUUAUCUUUCGCACCUCGUGUUCCUAAUGCAUAAAUAAACCCAGAAAUUCAAUUGUCAGGAGAGAGAGAGAGAGAGAGAGAGAGAGAGGACACUUCCAAGUCUUGAAGCGUUGAGGGUGCGCACGAUAAGCAGCAGAGUGACUGUGUCUGUCGUCUUUUCCUUGGUGCUGCUCAAAUCAUCACUCAUGGUGGCGGUUAACAUCAGUCGGAGAGUGUAGUUGGGAGGAGGAAACAAAGCUUUCAUUUGAUUUCUGCUUUCGGAGUUCAUCUUUUCCAUCUCUCGACAAUGGCAGCCGCGCACGUUAACACAAGAAGGAAGAGAGUAGGUUUUAGGGGAGUUUUCCUGUUCAUCUUCUUCGUCUUCCUGGAUCUGGCCUCGCUAUCUUGCGCCGCUAGGCAGCCACCAACAUCCAGUCAGAAUCUUAAAGUUCAUAAACACUUAAAACGCCUCAACAAACCCCCAGUCAAAACCAUUCAGAGCCCAGAUGGGGAUACUAUCGAUUGUGUACCCAUCUCUCAUCAGCCAGCUUUUGAUCAUCCAUUCCUCAAAGACCACAAAAUCCAGAUGAGACCCAAUUAUCAUCCAGAAGGGCUUUAUGAUGAGAACAAGAUGAACACCGAGUCUAAACAAAGAGAGACCCCAAUUCAUCAGUUGUGGCACGUGAAUGGCAUGUGCGAUGAAGGCACAAUACCCAUAAGAAGAACAAAAGAAGACGAUGUUAUGAGAGCGAGUUCUGUUAAAAGAUAUGGGAAGAAACAGCAUAAAAGCAUCCCAAAGCCUCGAAAUCUCCCUAAAUCCGCAGAUCUUGGUCUUGAUAACGAAAGUGGUCAUCAGCAUGCAAUAGCUUAUGUGGAAGGAGACAAAUAUUAUGGAGCAAAAGCAACAAUGAACGUUUGGGAACCAAAAAUACAACAAUCAAAUGAAUUCAGUUUGUCACAAAUUUGGAUUUUAGGUGGCUCUUUUGGUCAAGAUCUUAACAGCAUUGAAGCAGGAUGGCAGGUAAGUCCAGAUCUUUAUGGAGAUAACAACACAAGACUAUUCACAUACUGGACUAGUGACGCAUAUCAAGCUACUGGUUGCUACAAUUUAUUAUGCUCAGGAUUUAUUCAAAUCAACAGUAACAUAGCAAUGGGUGCAAGCAUAUCUCCUGUUUCUGGAUUUAGAAAUUCACAAUAUGAUAUUAGUAUCCUUGUAUGGAAGGAUCAAAAGGAGGGAAAUUGGUGGAUGCAAUUUGGGAAUGGAUACGUGUUAGGGUAUUGGCCAUCGUUCUUGUUCUCAUAUUUAGCAGACAGUGCUUCCAUGAUUGAAUGGGGUGGUGAAGUGGUCAACUCAGAGCCAAACGGGCACCACACAUCAACACAAAUGGGCAGCGGGCGUUUUCCCGAAGAAGGGUUUGGGAAAUCGAGUUAUUUCAGAAACAUUCAAGUUGUUGAUAAAGAAAAUAAUCUCAAAACUCCUAAAAAUCUUGGCACAUUCACCGAACAAUCUAAUUGUUAUGAUGUUCAAACGGGAAGUAAUAGUGAUUGGGGUCACUACUUUUACUAUGGAGGCCCUGGUAAAGUGGCAAAGUUUCUCAUAAGUGUGAAAGAAACAGCCUGUUGUAAGUUUUCAGUGAAUCUUCUAUUUGUUGUAUUUGCUGUUAUUGGAAAGUUUGUAAGUUAA